AUGUAUUUGAAAUCAAAAUAUUAUGAAGAGCCUUUACCUGAAGAAGGGCAUUAUCCUGAAUCCCGAUGGGGUUUGAUAUUUUAUGGAGCUGUUAACGCUUAUGGUCGAGGAAUUAGGGUAAUCAUUUCCAUGCCACAAGAUUCUCACAUACCAUUUAAUGCAAGACUGAUGUUUGACUGCACCAACAAUAUGGCAGAAUACGAAGCUUGUAUCAUAGGACUAGAAGAAGCCAUUGAUCUUAGAACCAAGAUUCUAGAUGUGUAUGGAGAUUCUGCUCUAGUGAUUAAUCAGAUCAAAGGAGAAUGGGAAACCCGUCACCCUGGCUUAAUUCCUUACAGAGAUUAUGCUCGAAGACUGCUGACCUUCUUCAACAAAGUUGAGUCCCAUCACAUACCUCGUAAGGAAAAUCAAAUGGCAGAUGCAUUGACUACUCUGGCUUCCAUGUAUCAAGUGAAGUUUCCAAAUGAAGCUCCUCAAAUUAAAAUCAUGCGCCUGGAUAGGCCGGCCCAUGUGUUCGCUGUUGAAGUUAUCUUAGAUGACAAGCCAUGGUUUCAUGACAUCAAAAUAUUCUUGCAAAAACAAGAGUACCCACCAGGGGCAUCGAGCAAAGACAGGAGAACUUUGAGAAGAUUGUCUGGUAAUUUCUUCCUAACUGGAAAUGUGCUCUACAAGAGAAACUUUGAUAUAGUAUUGCUCAGAUGCGUGGAUAUACACGAAGUAAACCUGUUGAUGCAAGAAAUUCAUGAAGGAUGUUUUGGCACUCAUGCCAAUGUAUAUGCAAUGACAUGA